AAUUCAUGGCCCCGGCUGCGAUGUAAGCGCAUUCGAGGCGUCCAGUUCGAUAUUUUUCUGCAAGUCGAUGUGACGUUCGCGCGCUUAAAUCAACAAAUACGGCAGAAGCAUGUUGUGAUCGACGCCGGCUAAUUGAAGUGUGUUGUUUACAACUUUCGUCGCGCUAAACCGUGAUUCGAUUGUGGCGCAAAAAGCAUUUGCUAAUCUCAUACCGGUUGUUAACACGUGCAACAAUCGCACCGAGCAUGGAAUAGAGUUAUGACCAAUUGAUUUGUGUUUAUCUAAUUGUGGUUCCAAAAAAUUGUGUAAUAAUGAGAAUGUUUAGCAUAUUUCCGCAUAUUUCAUGCUAACUGCUCGCCUAUGCUUGUAUAUGUAUAUCCUUCGUCUUUGGGUUUAAGAUUCACUAAUGUGCACACGAUUCUCGAAACAAAUAGCGGCACUAUACUUUUCUCAAAUGCGGCUAAGUUGUCGUUUAUGUAUUUAGCGUUUAUACAAAAAUCGGAGAUCUCUUUUCUCUUCCUAGAUUGAAGAUUAAAUCGAAAUUUUGUUCAAAUCGAAGGAACUGUGUGAACCACAUUAUUGUACGAGUCAAAGUGUGUUGUUUAUAUUAUAUUCUAUAGCACGUACUUGUAUAUUCAGUACAUUCAUAAUAAUAAAAAACAUUUUGUAUGUCAUCGAAAUUGCCGUCGCUAGCAUUUGAUCAUCCGCGCGUACACCCACGUUGCUAUCUACCCAUGCUUGUACACUUGUAUGGGUGUUUUCACACAUUUUGGCGCGCCUGUAUUGAGUGAAGAAUUCAGAGCCUCUAUUUCAAGGGUGGGGCAAUAUGGCAAUUUCAAUUCCACUAGAGUGUCAUACAUGAAUUCUCUUUACGAUCUCUGGGGCAUUUGAAAUGUCAAAGAUUACAUAAGGAGCUUUAAAAAUGUUAAAAUCUGUACAAAUACUGUGCAAAAUAAUUAGCAAUCAUGCUAAAGGGUCGUUUUUUAUACUUUAUAAAUCUAUAUUAAAUUUUAAAAGCAUCUUUAAGAUGAUUCAGAGUUAAGCCAAAAUUAAUUAAUAAAUUAAAUUUACAAUAUUACAAUAAUGUUUUCAAAAGACGCUUCAUAACUGUUAUCAUAAGUUGCACAUAAAAUUUGAUUUACUGAGGCUCUUAUACAAGUAUUAGGAACCAAACAGUGAAGAUACUUAAGGCUACCAACCUCCCUAAUGUGCGCACCGCUUAGUUGCAUCCGAAAUUUCUAAAGGCGUAGACACUUGAUCUGGUGUGGCAGCAAAUAGACAUGGUAUGCCGUUGCACAGUCAUGGGUGGUGCCAAUCAAAGCCAAUUGCUCACAAUUGAAAUUCCGAAAAAUGAUAAAAACACAUCAGCGCACCCAACCUGCAAUAAUACGAGUAAGUGUUAGCCACCGAGCCGUGACAACCCGACAUAAGCUAUUUCAACUGCGUUUCAAUCAACUACACCGCUAGUUGAGCACUUAAAUCGUCAUCGCGGUAGGUAGGUGCUACCAUUCUUCUAUCAACGCAAUGCGACGGAUUCCUCCACUCUACUUGCGUAUGUUUUUUGUUUUUUCAAUUCACACGUGUACAUACACAUGUGCAUACUCGCAAGCGCGCAAGCAUAGCAUGAUCGGCUAGGUUCUAAACAGCACUCGAGCGCUUCCAUAAAUACUUGUACAUAUGUGGGUAUUAAACAAUAGUUAAUGACGAAUAUGCAAUUUCAGUGAUUAAAAAUAUGACGUUAUGAAAAACAGUACGAGUAGUAUGCAUAAGUGUGAUUUAAAUGAUCGAAUACUUACGAGUCUAUGUAUGUUUGUAUAGCAACACACCAAACGCGUAGCCAGCACUUACCUGAGUGUACCUAAAUGAAACGUUAUAAAAUACGUCAAUUUCAUAUAUUCAUUUGCGGAUUUCUUGUUCAACGAACGCGUUCGAAUUGCGCCGUAAGCGUUCGAGUGGUGUAAACUCUUUCAACUCUUUCUGCAUCGUAAAUUUUUCGUUUAUGAGCCUUAGAGACGACACCGGCCGCUUGAUUAUUGCUCGCAGCACGUCGCGUCACGCACCGUAAGCAUCGCCUGCUCCCCUGUGAGGCUUGUGCAUCCCGCCGUCUUGCACAAGCCGCGAGCAUUUGCACAAUGCAUCAAGCGUGCGCCACUGCAUCAAUUGUGCCAGUUUUGCUUGAAUUCCUUAUUGCAGACAUUUGCUAGUAAUAAUUGUGGUUAAGACAAAGCACUACUGGCUAAACAAUAACAGCAACAACAAUAAUAUAACAACAACGAAAAAAAAACAGCAACAAUCAUCAACAGGUGUCAUUGCAUUUCUACGCGGCGCUCUGUCCGCAUAUGUGCGCAUGUGUGCAUGUGUGUGUGUGCGGUAUAGCAUGGGUCGAUAUAGCGGCUUGCACAUACGCACGCACCUGCACUCGCUAAAACGCAUACGCACACACGCUCGCACAUAUCCAAAGCACUCGAAAACAUUUGCAACAUUGACGUCAACAUCGCGCAAGUAGCUGCGGCAAUAGCGACGCAUGACGGUUAUUUGUUUUGUAAGCUGUUUUACUAUUUAAUGGUUUUCAUGAAUGGCCUGGGACCUGACCCUCUGCCAGCGAAGGAGGCAGAGGGACCUCCCGUUCAAAUGGAACCAGUUGACCUUAGCUUACGUUCCGUACAAGGAUCUCAAUCAACAAACUACAAACUGUUUGGAAGUAAACACAAUGAUGGAAAAGAUAGCACUUACAGUACAUAUUCACUCAAUAGGGCGUGUGGAAAUAAUAAAAGCAAUAAAAGUGGUAAUGGCUACAGCCCAAAUCAUAACCAGGAUCGCUUCACCUCAUACACAUCGAGUUCCUCAUCUUCCUUCACUACAUCAACUCAGUUGCAGCAGUCCACUCGGCAGUAUUUAUCACCAUUCUCCUCAGCGGUUUCUAAAUUCCCUAUACCUCCGCUUCUAGCAUCAUCAACAUUCUUCUUACCAUAUCGGCGCAUGAAAGAGGAGGUUAGCAGUAGUAAAACCAACACAUUAUCAAGUAACAGCAAUAUCAGUAUAAAUAGCGGCAAUUUCAACCAAAGCUUUAAUCAAGCAUCUUCUCAACCUCACCGAAGCACUGGAAACAUGAUUACGCAAUCCUUCACAUCGUCUACACUCUCAUCCACAGCGGAAACACCAUUUUGCAAUCCAGCUGUCGCAGCAGCUCAACGAACUAUAAUACAAGACUACGAUCGGAAAUUUAGUUUUCUAAGCCUUUUCAAAAAUUCUUAUAAACAUUCAACGGAUAGAGGAUCAUCAUCGUUCAGCUCAAGACUUUGGAGUUCCAACGAUACAAUAUUACCGUCCGCUCCAUCAAAUAUCUCAUCAUCGUGCAACAAACUGGCUCAGGCUUCUGCUAGUUCUAAUUCGAUAUCGCCAUGGAAGAUAAUGUCUUCAGCAGCUUCCACUAAUAGCAUGAAUCAAGCAUUUUCGCAUUCCAGCUUUCAAGCACCUUCAAAUAAUGACGGUCGUAAAAAUGCAUUCAGCAGUAUGGUUUUGAGGGGAAGUGGGAGCAUGUUUGGACGAUGUGAGGAGCCAAACGGAAGUAUGAAUGCUAUCGGCUUUAGUGAUCUCUCUAAAAAUCGAAAAGUGCACAAAUGUGACACGGAGGGUUGUGAUAAAGUGUACACAAAGAGUUCCCAUCUUAAGGCGCAUAAACGCACCCAUACAGGUGAGAAGCCAUAUGUGUGCGACUGGGAAGGGUGUGUUUGGCGAUUUGCUCGAUCGGACGAGUUGACGCGUCACUACCGUAAGCAUACCGGUGUGAAGCCUUUUCGCUGCCAACUCUGCACGCGCUCUUUUAGCCGUUCCGACCACUUGUCCCUGCAUGUGCGUAGGCACUGAACUCCAAGCAAAACUUUAACAAACCAAGUAGGCAAUAACAAUGGUACUGUAUAAAUAAAUGAAGUUUGUUUUAACGUAAAAACACUCAUAUAUUUUAGCAAAUUUUAGAAAAUUUUAUAAAUUAAUAAAUUUAGCCAAUUAUCACGAUUAGUCUCGUAAGUACAGCAUAUAAUGAGGCUAUGAUAGAUACAACUUGAAACAAAUGGCUCAAUGUAAACAUACUCACAAAAACAUUUGUAAAAUUGUGUUCGGUUUUGUAUAUGACAGUUCGCAUAUAUAUAUAUAUACACAUAUAUAUUAUAUACAUAAUGCAUAUACAAUAUACAACCACAUAGCUAAUACCUUAUGAAGUUAUAUAAGUUACUUAUGGUUGAUAGAUGAAUUUUUAAAAUGUACUAAAUUAUAUAAACUACAUAAACAUAUACAUAUAUAUUAUAAAUAUAAAUAAAAUUUGAAGAUCAUCAUUACUAAGUAAAAACAUACAUCUGUAUGUAUGUACAUACUAUAUACAUAUUAAAAAACACUCAUAGAGAAAGCAUUGCGUUUUUACUUUUGGACUUUUGUCGUUUCUUGUACGUCUUCAUUCGACUAUUUAUCUGAUUAUUUGAGCAUUUUUUUUAAAGGAUUAACGGUCAUGGAUAGUAGAUAUUCUACAAACCCGACCAAUAUCGUAAAAGCAAUUUUUCGGCUGCAGUGAACCGGAUUUUUUAAGAGACACCCGCUAUAUUGUUGUACGAACAGCUUCAGUUAGAAAGUUAUUUUUCGCAGCAGCAGACAGCAGUACAAAAACAAAAUAUGCUAUAAAUAUACUAUAACGACUAACAUUGUCAUAACAAAUGCUCAUUUUAGAAAUGGUUCGGCACGCAAACCAUUUGAUCAAAAAUACAAUUCGCUAAAAAGAUGUUAUGGUAAGUUUUGGCAACAUUGCUGAUAUAUUUACAAUUUGGAAUAUUUUCGAACUUCAUCUUUUGCAGAAAAUGUUUUUUGGUAGUAAAUCAAUAAAUCAAUUAAUAUUUUAAAUAUUUUGAAAAAAUUAUUCUGAUAACACAUAGUAUGUAUAAUAAA